AUGACGCAACAGCCGCCUCAGGCUUCCUCCUCAACAUCAGGAUUCUUCCAGGCCCUUCCGGUACUUCCGCCACAAUAUACCAGUCCGACUUUGCUACCAAAGGCUUUCCGUAGUCCGCACUCGGAGUCAACACAAGCUUCCGAUGACAAAGUUAUCGCGCGGAUAUUAGAUCUCUACCUGCCACAGGAUGCAACGGAGGCUACCAAGCGUGCCCAUCACCUAGCACGUCUAUCACUUAAUCCAUCUAUUCUGAAGUACGCCACGGAUGCGGAGACCAACCACCCGGUACUGCGUCCGCUCUCUACCUUCGGUGCGGAAAACAAGAACGAUCCGUUGUGGACGACGACAGGAUGGCAGAAGCUAAAGGAGAUCGGCUAUCGUGAAGGUGUCGUCUCGGUAGCUUACGACAAGUCUCAUCGCCACUUCAAUAGACGCGUGGGACAAUUUGUCGGAGGCCAUGUAUGGGGCCCGACUGGUACCAUGACCGCAUGCCCUCAAAGCAUGACCGAUGGCGCCGCGACAUUGUUGAACAAACACAAGAACGACGAAGAUGGCGAUCAGCCGGGUCGAGGCGAAGUGCUACGGGAAGCGUAUCGGCGAGUGUGUAGUCGCGACCCUGAUGUGGCUUGGACAAGCGGACAAUGGAUGACUGAACGAUCUGGCGGAAGCGAUGUAUCCGGCACGGAGACACUUGCUCGACGCAUGACACCGCAGGAGCUGGAAGAAGAUGCAAACCAAGGAAGAGAUAGCGAUGCAGUUGGUAUGCAACUGGGCUCCUGGAAGAUACAUGGUUUCAAGUGGUUCAGCAGCGCAACGGACUCAGAGAUGGCUGUACUCCUCGCGCGAACAGACAAAGGCGCUCUGUCUGCCUUCUACAUGCCCAUGCGACGACGCGUGGGCGCGCAAGCGCUGGAGAGUCAUACCCUAAACGAAGAAGCCCCGCCCCUCACCGAGCUCAACGGCGUUCGCAUCCAGCGUCUGAAGAACAAACUCGGAACCAAGUCACUACCAACUGCGGAGCUCGAGCUCAACGGCGCACGCGGUUGGCUCAUCGGUAAGGAAGGUCAGGGUGUGAAGGAGAUUUCCGCCAUUCUCAACAUCACGCGACUAUAUACCGCAGCUGGUAGUGUAGGAAGUUGGGCUCGUGGUCUGGCAAUUUCCCGCGCCUACAGCAAAGUACGCAAAGUGCGCGGCGGACUACUCCAAGACAACCCAGCGCAUCUCGCAUGGAUGGCCGAAGAAACAGUCAAGUACUGGGCCAGUGCGCACUUCACCUAUCUGGGUGUUGCUCUACAGGGCGCUUUGGAACAGGAUUGGGACGAGAUGGUCGCGAACACAAAGGCCGCACAUUUGAUCCCGAGCGACAAGACCACGAUAGCGGCUCUUCUGAGAUUGUUGUUACCCGCGAUGAAAGCUCAAGUCAGCGUCGCAUCCGUUGAUGGCCUGCGACAGUGCAUGGAAUGCCUUGGUGGUGUCGGGUACUGCGAGAACAACGAAGACGGCGGGCUGAUGAACAUCGCGAAGAUCUAUCGUGACAACCUCGUCAAUCCGAUAUGGGAAGGCACUGUCAGCGUCAUGGCAGAAGAUGUCGUUCGGGUACUCACUGACAAGCGAAUGGGCGGCGGCGAUAUCAUGAAGAACAUCUUCACACCGUGGGUCAGGGACGUGCUCGGUCGAUGUGCUCCCAUGUUUCAAGAUCAAGUCUCGAUUGUCGAGGAGAGACUUCAGGCGCUCAAUGACGUUGUUCAUAAUGCACAGAAAGAAGAGCUGCUAUACCGUGGACGAGGAAUUCUACAGCAUCUCGAAGUCAUCGCCAGCAGCGUCGCGCUGAUGUACGAUGCGCAAGCAGACCCAGAUGCUGUUGCACAAGAGAUCGCAGUACGAUGGAUCCACCUGAAGGCACUUUCGCCACAAACUCAUCCGCGCUCUCAAAACUGGAAAGAACUGUCGUCCAUGGACAAGCGCAUUUUCCUUGGAACAACGGAAGCAGCCGUCGGUGUUUCAGCAAAGCUCUGA